CACAGUAAAAAUAACGAUGGAUCUCUCACAAGUUGUAAUCUUUCUCAUCUUGAACUUCAUCUUGAUUGUAUCUUCGGCAUCAAUUCCAACCCAAUGUAAAAUACCAUCAGACUUAAAAGUCCGCUACAAGAGCUUGUCCAAAGCAGCCAUUGACAAUAAUUUUUUUCUGCCAGCUGAAAUGGCUCCAGCCGAAAACCGGACAACACUGACCGAUGGUGAUAAAAAGUGCCCAGUAUCGCUUGAAUCUUUUGGUGAAAUCCGCGAACGUUCAACCUGUCCUUGGUACCUGGACAUUACGCAUGAUUCAACAGUUUUCCCUCCAUCACGUAGGGAAGCGAGAUGUCGCUGUGAAACCUGUGUCGGCCCUAAGUACACCAAUCAAGAAUGUACGCCUGUACACACUAAAAUGACUGUCCUGAAACGAACAGGUGAAUGUAUUGAUGGAUUGUAUGUGUAUAAACCAGAUAUAAUUUAUGUAUCCACAGCCUGUGUGUGUGCACGGAAGGUUGAUGUCAAUAGAGACGACAAUGGGAACUAAAAAUCGACCAAAUGCUAAAUUGUUCGUUCAAUGCGUGUAACGCAAAAGUUAUUCAUAGUAUCAUGGAACGACGAGUUGACCACCGUGUGGUUUUUAUUAUUAUUAUUAUUAUCAUUAUUUUCUCUCUUAUUUUCAUUUCUUGAUUUUAAUUUUUUUAUCUCCGUCUUUAUUUAUUUUAUCUUGUUACCUUUGUCAAUUGAAUAAUAAAUUACAGCAUAUGUAUAUGAGGUUCAUGAACCGAUAUGAAUCUAACCGAAAUUACGCGUGAAUUUGCAAAUUGGAGGAUAACGUUCAUAGAGCCAAAGUGAGUUGGAAAGAGUAUAGGUGCAUACGCAUGCAUAUAUGCACACAUCCUCCUUCCUACACAUUUUAUUUAGCAUAUAUUUCUAGUGUAUAUAUAUAUAUAUAUAUAUAUAAUAUAAUAAU